CCUUUAAAAAAAGAAAAGAAUAGCACAGUAUCUGUGACAUCGUAUCACAACUUAUAUUAUUAUUUAUUGGUUAUAUUACUUAUAACAAUAUGAGUAAUAAAAAAGAAAAGGAAGAAGAGAAACCGAUAGUUGCUAAAACAGCUGUUGAUUUACAAAGAUUAAAAUUAAUGAAGUUAAUGAAAAAUCCAGACAAACCUAUUGUAUUACCAGAACGACCAAAACCAAAAAAUACACCAACGGUACCAGAAUUUGUAAGAAAUGUAAUGGGAAGUAGUGCUGGUGCAGGCAGUGGAGAGUUUCAUGUUUACAGACAUUUGCGUCGUAAAGAAUAUGCAAGACAAAAAUUUAUUCAAGAGAAAGGAUAUAAGGAACUUUUGGAUGCACAGUAUCAUGAAAAGUUGGAACAAAAUAAGAAACUAGCGGAGGAAGCAACAGCAAAAAAGCGUGCUAAGAGAUUGAAAAGAAAACAGAAGAUGAAAGGGAGGAAAAAGAUGAAAAUGAAUAAUACGAAAACCAACAGUAAGGAAAAUAAUAAAGAAGAUAGUAAUACAGAGGACAGUGAUUCAGAGGAUGAAAAUAAUGAUAAUGAAACACAGUCUGAUUCUAAUUGUGAUAAAGAAUCUACAAAUAACAUAAAUGGUACAGAAAUGAAACAGUCAAAGGAUAUCGAAGUUGAUGGAAAAGAAAAUAAUAAAGAUGAAUCUAAUGUUAUAUGUAAGGAUACUAUGAACGAUACAACUUCUACAGAAAUUAAACAAGAUCAAGAAAAUGAUACGACUAAUAUAUUAAAUGAAUCUACAAAGAAAGAAGUAAAUGAGGAUGAAUAAAAAGAAGAAAAAACAAUUGUAUG